AUCAAUGGCCCGUACAAAAACAUUUACAGACCAACAAACAAACAAACAACAUAUCUUAAAAUAAUUGUAACAUAUUAGAAUCUUCAAUCUUGUGCCCUACAUUGAUAUGAGUUUAACGAACUUUGUUUUUAAACAGUUUUCGUUUUUUUUCCGUAACUAGCCAGUGUUGUUUUUGCUGUCUUGGAAGAACGGAAUUAUUUGAAACAAGCUUCAAAAUGCUACCACUACUGGUCGCACUCGCAGUAACAUCCGUUUACGCUGAUAACUGUUCCUACAAUUACGAUGAACUUCGCUUCUCAAAACAAUCAAUUUUGACAAUAAAGGGACUGCCCACAAACCUCGUCAUCAACCCAAACACAAAAGACCUACACUUCACUCUAAUUGACAUAGACACACUACAAGAUGACAACGUACAAACAAAAAUGGACCAAUACAUCCUAAGGAAUGGUGAACCAAUUAAAAUUGAUAAUGUAAAUGGUCAAGCAGCAGCUGUAGAUAUAGAAAAUAAUAAAGUAUACAUAGCCAGUGAUGAUGGCUUAAAUGUUCUAAACGGAACAGACAAAGCCAAUUUCGUUGCUUUCAAAGAUGAAGAUAUAACUCAACUAUUUAAACCAGCAAAUGGUGACAAAUUAUAUGCCGUUCUGUUCCCUGACAGUGAGGUUUAUGUAAUAGAUACAAAGAAAAAUGAAAAAUCUAAAGUCGAAGACGUACCUUGCGCCUUCAUGAUAGCCGUGGACACUAACGAGAAUAUAUUUUUUGAAUGCGAUUCAAAAUAUGUUAAGGUACUUUUAAAAGAUUUCCAUGAGCCAAUCGAGUUUGUAGGUAUACCAAAAAAUUCAGCAAGAGCGAUUACAGUCGAUGACAAAAAUAGAGUUAUUCUAGCUGCGAAUGACGGAAUUUACUGGUUGAAACCUAAUUCUCUAAUUCCUAAGAAGUUGAUGAACUUAGAUUUCAUCCCGUCUGGUAUAGCGUUCUUCGGGGACAACCUAUACCUAUCAACGAGUGGAAUUAUUUAUGAAUUUAGUGAUAUGGAUUGCGAUUGAUUGAGAAUAAAUUAUUUUGAAAAAGUA